CUCUGUGGUUUUCACAUUUAAUAUCGAGUAGCAGCAUGUUGACGUGGUUAGACUAACCACCCUGCCACAAAACAACAGCUGCACUGCAGAGCCUCUCUGUGAUCUCUCAGGAUGGCUGAUUCUCCAUCCUUUGAGUACUACAACUAUGACAUCUAUGCCAACUAUGACUACGACAACUUCACUGACGAUGGCAUGAUUGAUUUAAAUGUCACAGUGGACUGCCCUGACUCACACCUGCACGGCUCCCAAAUCUUCCUGCCCAUAGUGUACUACUUCAUAUUCUUCACAGGCCUUCUGGGCAACCUCUUUGUGAUCACAGUGGUGGGCAGCAAAGGUAAGACAGGUGGGCGUCUGGUGGACACGUUUGUGAUCAACCUGGCCCUGGCUGAUCUCGUCUUUGUCCUCACACUGCCUCUGUGGGCCAUCUCUGCCAGCCAGGGAGGUCAGUGGGACUUUGGGCUCGCUGGAGACCUGCUGUGUAAACUGAGCAGCUACAUCAUAGCUGUGAACCGCUUCUCCAACAUCUUCUUUCUCACCUGCAUGAGUGUCGAUCGCUACCUGGCUGUGGUGAAGCUGAUGGACUCGAGGUACAUGAGGAGCAGCAAGUGCAUCCGUCUCACCUGUAUUGGAGUUUGGUUGAGCUCCCUGGUGCUCGGCAUCCCAUCCCUGGGGUACCGCAGAGUGGAGCCAUCCGGUGAUGGACUCUCCUGCGUGGAAGACAACAACUCACCAUUCUUUCUUGGCCUGAGCCUCACCAUGGCACUGCUCACCUUUGUCCUCCCGGUGUUGAUCAUCGUGCUCUGCUACGGGACCAUCGUCAUGCACCUGAACCAGCACUGUGCUGCAAAUCCUCGAGCCGAAGCCCGCCGCAGACACUCCCUCAAGAUGGUUCUCUCCAUCAUAGUGGCCUUUGUGGUAUCCUGGCUCCCCUUCAACGUCUUCAAAGUCAUCAUCAUCCUCUCGCAGCUCUCAGACGCUGAGCUGAGUUGUGAUGCUCAGUCGUGGCAAAGAAACGGGCUCCUUGUCUCGUGCUGCCUGGCCUUCCUCAACAGCUGCGUGAAUCCUGCCAUCUACUUUUUCCUGGACCAUCACUUCAGACGACAGGCCGGGAUGUUGUACAAGACCUGCACAGGGAAGCCGAAGUUACUGCAGAGCUUCAACUCUUCAGCCUCAUUCACAAAUGUCGGCACUUCAGAGAGCUUCGGAACAACUGGUGGGAGAACUCACCUGCAGAUCACUGAGUAGGAGGCAGUUUUUUCUUUUUUAUACCUUGAAGGGAGUAAAUUCAGAAUUAUUUUAUCAACUUGUGAAAAAGUGUUAUCUUGAUAAUGAGAGUUUGUGCACAUUUCACAAAAGGAAUGUUUAUAUGAUGUAAGACCACAUACAUGGCAAGAAAUUAUUUUUUUUCAUUCAGUACAAAAAUGUGAUUUUCUUUUGUCAUACAUUUCCUUUAUUUUAGUUUACUACAAAUAUUGAACAUGAUGUGCAUAACUGCGUAUAGUGUCACAUAUAGUACAGUUGUGUAUGAGUAUCCACUGAUAUGUUUUAUAGUUUGAAAUUCCUAUAUACUUUUGCAGCAUUAGUAGAGUACAAUAUUAUUCAUUUGCAGGUGUAAAAUAUAUAAUUCAGAAAUGUGUAGCAUAACUGAUAAGUUGUAUUUUUAAUAGACUGAUGUUACUGUGAAAAGUUUAUGAAUGUUGUUUAUGAAUGUUUUAUUAAAUGUUUAUAUUGUGAUAAAAUUACAUCUGAAA